ACACGAAAGAAAGGUCUUUGAUAUUGCACAGAUGUGCAUCACGUCGGCAAGAUAUGUUGACGGAGGUGUUGUGAUAUUGGUUUGUUUGAAAGAAGCAUAAGAGUUUAUAUGGUACAGUGUUGUCCUGUAAAGUUUGUGUAGUUUUACUGGUGAUAUCCGAAACAGAUAUCACACCAUUUCAUCGUUGCGUUUUUUUGUUUCGUUAGAUGUGAUUAAGAUGCUGGAAAUGCGCCGUGAUUGGGAGUGAAUUAUUUCGGUGUUCAUAGACAUAAUCGCAUUUGUGUUGGAUACAUCCUGUAAAUGAGAGAUGAAUGUGGGUGAUGUGGAUAUGAAUGGUGAAGCUGAUGAUAAUGACACCGACAGCACAGACUGCAUAACAAGUACUCCUAUACAUCAUGAUCGAAGUAAACACUGUAUGGCCUCAGGCGGAGGUGCUCGUCCAAAGAACAGACAUUUGGUUAAUCAUUUAGCAAAUGGUAUUUCCAGUCAUGUAAUUGAUGGUGCUGUAGCUGUGAAUAACAAUUUACCUGUGGAUGCUGUUAGUGAAGCAACAAGCAGCAAGACAGAAGUCAAUUUGGGCGUUACCGUAAACAAAGUUCUCAAUGGUUUGAACUCAAACCAACCAGAAAACUCAUUACCUCUCUGCGUAGAAUCAUAUUUGGGCACUGCCAACGUUAAUAACCCUGUUUCAUCGUGUUCGCGUCCACUCCAGAACGGGACGGGCAAAAAUUCCUUGCGUCAUAGAGAAAGGAGUGGAGUUGUAAGUAAAAGGUGGAAUGACGAUGAAAGUUCUAGUGAUACGGGAAAUGAAGGUGAAGAUGUGUUGUCUGCGGACGAGUGUUGUUUUUACACCUACAAGGGCGAUCAGUUAGCAGAUUUACCGAGCUCGUUUUUCAGGCUCGAUGUCGUUGGUAACGGCGAACAAUGUGUUGGAGAAAAUUCACCAAGAACCAGUGGAAACGGAGAAAUUAAUGAAAAUGUUCAUCAUCACAGUGGAAGCUCUUCACCAGAUAUGGAUUUUCUGGAAAUGGAUUUUGAUCCCGGACAUUCUUGCGAUCAGAACUCGGACGAUGAUUCUGAUGUAUGCGAGUUAAGGGAAGAAGAGUCUUGCCAUGAAACUGCAACAACUGAAAGGGUAUUUGAGGUAGCUUCUGAUUCAGUGGAAGAUGAGGUAGAAGACACUCAGGAACAAUGUCCCUGUAAUCAUAGUGAAUUAAUGCCACCUUCGGAAAAUGGUGCAGUUUCACUAGUACCAACACCACUUACUUCUGAAGGAAAUAUCGUAUCAGAAUCUCACAAUAUAAUUUCUCUCCCUCAAAAAAUGCCAACGAAUUUGCAAUCAUUGUUUCUUCCUCGCAGCCGUAGCAGUGAAGUUUUUCCAAGCACUAGUACUGCUAGUGUUGUCUGUUGGCCAGCAAGAGACACUCGAGGUCAUCAUUGUAGUGGUGCAGAUCUGUGUUCUCCAGGUGAAACCGAUGUGUGUUGCAGUGACUGCCCAGUUGACCAUGCAGGUUUGUGGAAUGAAUCCCACUCCAGGUUGCAGUGUGAGCAAUUGCCAGAUACCAGGAAGCAAAGCCUCCAUACUUCUCUUUAUCACAGCAUAAUGGCGAAGAGGUUGCUUCUGAGUAUUCACCCAGAUGUUGAAGAAGGCAGUUCAAUAAAACAUAACAGGAAGAUAGCGGAAAGAGUAAUGAUUUGGUCAGAGAAAGAAGCUUGUGCCAAAAAUGUUACACAGAUUGGCACUUCUCAGUGUGGAGCAACAGCUGUCAUCAAUGUACUGCUGGUGUUUAACAUCCCAUACUCACUUGAGAGAGUGAAGGACGCAGUCAGGACAAGGUUAAGAGCAGAAGCUGCCCCUCUUCCGGAAUACCUGUUGUCUAGAUCUUUUGCUGGAGCUACACACGAAGACCUCAUCCGAGGAGUCCAGCAGGCAUCAGAUGGCUUUGUUUAUGCUCGCUUCAUUCACAUGUACCCCAACCGAGUUUCUUCACUCACAAAAUGGCUAGCUAGUUGGAUGAGGAAAGGUGCUGUGCCAAUCCUGACACUGAAUUUACAGAAGGGUGUAGCCCCUGGUAGCCCAGUGCCAGAUGCAUGGCACCACCAAAUGGUAUUUGGUGUUGGUCCUCAAGGCAUCUACCUCACCAACCCCCUAGAGUGUGUCAGUGAGGAAGCCCUGUGGCCGCAACUGUCCAGCCCCUCGAUACUGCUCAUCAGGCGAAGUGACAUCCUCGCUCGGUGGAAUGAAGUGACAGACCUCCGUACACUUCUCUGCCAGGCAGAUCGUCGCUGGAAGGAUAUGAAUGUUUUGGGGCAAGUUGUGAACAUCAUUCGCGAGUCAGCCACAUCCCGAGCGCAGAGCCAGGGCCGUGUUUUGACAUCUCAUAUAACAAUACCUGCAUCAUACAGUUCAGGAAUUACAUUGGUUAUCAGCAGAGAAUCUCCUUUCUAUGAAGAACUGAAAAAUUCACCUUCCUCACACUUUUAUGCUUGAUGUCUCCUCCCAGGUGAAGUGUACAGAUUAUACAUUUACAUUGUGGAACAUGUGUAAAACAAAUUAUUUUCAGAGUACAACUUCCUUUUUUAUUUAGUGCUAGAUAUAAUGUAAAAAGGCAUUAAGCAUGCUUUAUAUUCUAUGUUAUAUGAUUUUUUAAAGUUUUGUUUUGUGGCAAAUUUUGAUAUUGGAUGAAGAUGUGAAAAUGUAUUUGGAGGUGGCACAUAAAGCUCAUCUUGCUGAAACCCAAGCCUAUCAACCUGUAGGCAACCGUACCAAUUUUCUGUUUUGUUCACUUUCUCAGCAAUUUGCAGUUGCGUCUAGUCUUAUUGUGUUGGAAUAGUUUAAUUAUCACAUAUAUAAAUUUUUCUUUUGUUUUUCCUUAUGACAAAUACAGAGCAUUCCUAAUUAUCCCUUUUGACUCAGGAUGCUGGUUAACAUGAAAUACCCAACUCUGUUCAUAAAAUAACUGUUUAUUUUCUUGUAAUUACUUGCUGUACUGUCAAGGAAAUGUGUUUUAUGUGAGGGCAAACUAUCUUGGUUGUAAAUCAUCUUCCUCUUUGCGUUAAAGUGUCUUACGUUCCUUCCCCCCCUUCCCCACAAAGGUUUGCCUAGUUGUGAUUCAUGAUGUUAAUGUGACAACCAGUGAUAUUUAUUCUUCUAUUCUCUCAUACGAUAUAGUAAACAUUUGGAAUUGGCCUUUUGACUCCAAAGCUUACCCCUACCCAAUACAAUUUUUCUGCUAAACAUGCUCUCCAGCCUUCUUGAAUUUGGAUGGGAAAUAGGUUACCUGCAAUUAUGUGGCUGAUUGCUGUGACAAAGGCAUAAAUAUUGGUUAAUUUGUAGCUUUUAAAAUCUAUUGCCAGUUACAUAAAAUAAUAACUUAUUUUUGUUCUUUUUGAGUGGAAACUUAUCAAAGAAGUGAAGGGUGAAAUCACACUUCGUCUUGCAUGUUUCACAUCAGAAAAUGGUUCCUCUCCUUCAGCCUCUUUUAAUGUCUUUUGCUAAAAGACAUACAGCCCUUUGUUGACUCAUUUUCAUUUGGAGUUAUAAAUGAUGUCAGAAGAUGACAGUCUUCCUCUCUUUCCUCAAUUCCUUUUCAUAACAUUCCCCACAAGCUGAGUGAUGAGAUUACUCUUAUAAGAAGAAGGGCUCUCUCCUGUCUUCUUCAUAUCUUAUGAAUAAAGGAUAUAGCUGUUCACAACUACAACUUCCAUAAAUUAUAGGAACAUUUUUUCCACCAUUUGUAGUACCUCCAUGUAAACACAUAACAUCCACAGUUCUACCGAGUCUUCCAGUUCCCUUGAUCUGUGACAGGAGAAACUAAAUGCAGUGUCCAAAAUAUUGGGGAAAUUGGGUAGCCAAUAUUUGGUACAAUGGUCAAGUAAUUGUACCUUCAAAUUCAGAGCUAUGUUCAUUAUUACACAAAAGAAUGGCAAUUUUUUCUAGUAAACAUCUUCCUGUGAGUGAAUAUUUUGUUGAUGGCAUCAUCUUCAAUAUUUUUUCCACUGGGUAUGUACAGGUCACAAUCUGUUUUGCUACUAAUUUUCUCAUUGUAUGAAAACUAGAAAUUUUUGAGCUCUGUUGUUUGAACGCUUUGAGAAAGCCUGAAUCUUUGUUGGCUGACAAGAUCAGGAACUUGAUUAUGUCAUAAUAAACCUUUCAGUUACAUGCACUGUUGUCGCUUUCUUCUCCAUCGCUCACUGCAGACAAGGGGGGAAAAAAGUUUUUCAUCUUCAGCAUCUUCCAAAUGCCACAGCAUGUGGCACUUACAAACAUUGUUAAUACAUAUCAUUUUUAUACAAGGAAGAACCAUGGAAUAAAGACACAGUGACCACUUACACGCAUCAAAACCUGUCACGCUGUGAAAUAGUGUGUGCUAUUUGCUCUAUGGAAGCAGAAAAUUAUUAUAUCAGAUGACAUCCAACACUUGGUUGGAAAGGGGGAAAACUUUACCCAGGAGAACUUAUGUCAAAUAGCCACCACCAUACUUGUUUUAUCACAUGUUUCCACUUGGUGAACACAAGAAUGCCUGCAACUUGCCCACAUCUUUUAUUGAAAUAUUUUUCUUGACCUUAUCCCAUAUUCUGAUCUUCAUGCGUUCUUUAAGAAUUUAUAGGAAGAAAUCAACAUCUAAUAGCAAAGUAUUGUACUUCAGAGUCUGUAGCCAUUAGUAUUACUAGUAGAACACAUCUUUGUUACACCCAGUUAUUGCGACUUUCAGUAUUCUGCUGCUGACUAUUGAAGUGUCAUGUUUUAGUUGUUGUCAAAACUCCCGUCAUCUGUUUCCUGUUUCAUUUCCAGUUAUUGUUGCCAGAGUAUUGAUGGACCAUAAAAGUCUCACUCUAUUUUGUACAAGGUUUUUUCUGUUUAGUGUUUACACAAAUUUAUUCAUUUUCCGAUAAUCAGUAAUGGCUUUGUACCUAACUUUGCUCUGUGAUUAAAAUGUACAUAGAAUAUCAAAUCUGUUGCUAUGGUGCAAUGGACAACCACUGGCCUGUCAAUUCAUUUGAGCUCUAGCAAAGAUAAUUUGAUAAUGAGAUAUUACCUAUUAUUUAACAUGCUCUAUAUAUAUAUCCUUGGCCGCAUUUAAUAGCUCCAGCUGUUGUUUGAGUGUAACCAUUUUCCAGAGCUGACAUUUGGCAAAGACUGAACCCAUUCUCCAGAGCAAAACAGAUCCUUAUUUUCUGCCUGCUGUUAUCAAUAAAGUUCUGUAGUUAGAAUAAGUACUUGCAUGCAUAGAAAGUUUACAAGAAGUGUGUGAAAGUUGUGUUAACAGAAUUGACCAAAUGCUUGGUACUCUUAUGUUAGAAAAAAAAAUUUAUUGCCCAUUCUGUCUGAAAAAAUAGUCAUCUGAUAUGCAAAUAAUAAAUAUUAAUGUCUGUGAAAGAUCAAAAGAGAAAGGUUGCUUCAGUGAGAAUAACAGAAAAAAACACAGUUCAGAAAUUGAAUAAUUUAUUCCACAGAAAGGAAACUAUGCCAAGCAUACAAUCCAAAACUAAUAUUAACUGGAUAUCUGAAGUUGUUUACAAACUGUAUAUUUCAUCCACAGACAUAGUUUCCAGCAUUUCCAUUCUGAAUUAAAUUAUAUAAGUAAAAUGAGAAAGAGAGCUAUAACAUUAACUUAAAUGUAGAUGAAAAGGUUGUACUUGCAACAAAUUAAAGGUCAGUGAAAUUCAGCAGGAAGACAUUUGUAUAAUUUAAUCAGGAUUUAAGAUACUAAUGUUUUUGACCAAGUAUAAUGAAGAAAGAAAAGUAGAAAGGAAAAUUUGAGGUUAGGAUUGCAUCUCAUAUUGAAGUGAGAAUGUAAAUGGUUAUUUAUGUUACACUUCUCAGCAAGAGACAGCCCUGCUCUUGUCUGCUGUGUACUAUCAUUCUUUCUCUUUGUACUUACGAAAGGAAGCUUUGUAUCCCGUGAACUUUUCUUUUAAUAUUUCAUCUGUUAUUAAUACCUUCUAGAUAUUGCUCUUGUCAGUGUUAUUAGUAGUUUCACUGUCAGAGAAAUGAGUGAGAUACCUUCUUGGAGAAGCUGUUGUGGAGUGGAAAAUGAUGGGCAGAAAAUGCUAUUUCAUAUGCUCGCAAAGGCUCAUUAUAUUACAGUAUUCCUGAAUUAUCUAAUUAGCUGUGUUUACAGGUGAGAUACUGAUAAGUUAAAGAUAAUAUAAGUAAUCUUUUGGCUUUUAUUUAAGUGAAAGAUUUUGGGAAAGUUGUCUAUAAAAGUUUUUUUCCUUACCUAUGACUCCUUAUCACACUUCAAAGUUUAAGUUUUAUCACCUUGUGAGAGGCAGCUGACUCAAAUUCAUGGAAGCUUUGCUCUUGGAGAUUCUUUUAAAUGCAUGUCUUGUUUUGUUAUAGUAUAAAGAAUCAUCAAUUACUUUGUGUAUCAAAUUAUUGUGAGGAAGUAAAUAAACAGUAGAUACUGGUUGCAGGAAAACCAGAUGCUAAUAAUGCUUGUUUACAGAAAGUGGCUAAUUCUGCUAUUUGAUGUUGUAUUUUGUGCAAAGUAUGAAGAUAAAAUGUUGUUGCUGUACAUCUGUUGUGAAACAAGAUACGAACAUCUAUUUUCUCCUUUUAAUUGCCAAAUAGUUUUGAUUUGAGUCAAUGGUAUGCGACAAAUAAUUGGAAAAAAAUAGAGUGUGAACGGCAGUUGUUUAUGUGCCAUGAGAUUGUAAUUUUGACUGAAAUCAUAUCAUGUAAGUUUUUGUGUAUAUAUUUUAAAAUGCUUAUACAAGAUUAUAAAAUGAAAGCACAAGUUAAAUGUAGUCUUAUAUAUUUUAGAAAGAAAAUUUGCUUUUAUACCAAAGAACCAGAGGAUGGCAACACCUUGUAGUUUGUAGAUAUGAUGUUACUGCUGCCAUUGCAUAUACCAAACAUAUAUUAUAUUGAAUGAUGAUGAAAUAAAUGUGUCAUAAAAUUGUACUGGCUAUACUUUCGAAGACUUGAAUCUAAAAACUGUAUUUGCUUGAAAAUAUCUUCUUUGAGAGCAGCUACUAAUCAUAUGCAAAGUCAGAGUGAAGAUGGAGGUAAAUAAAAUUAUUGCUUUGUUAUAGAUACAAAAUAAAAUAUCAUGCAUAUGAGAAUGAA